AUAACUCGCUUGUUAAAACGGAGUAGGUACGAGUUGCAGCAGAUACCGUUUUAAAGACGGUGCAUUGCAGAGUACCAGGCGGGAUAGGACCGACGAAGGAAAGGUUAAAGGAAACGGUUCCAAUUGGAUCCAAACCUCGCCUUCAUUUUUGAUUCAGGAUGGGGAACAGAGAUGACGAGUAUGAUUACUUGUUCAAAGUGGUGUUGAUAGGAGACUCUGGUGUGGGGAAGAGUAACCUGUUGUCUCGUUUCACCCGGAAUGAGUUUAACCUGGAGAGUAAGAGCACCAUCGGGGUGGAGUUUGCCACCCGCAGUAUCCAGGUGGAUGGGAAGACCGUGAAGGCUCAGAUCUGGGACACAGCUGGCCAGGAGAGAUACCGGGCUAUUACAUCAGCGUAUUACCGUGGUGCCGUGGGUGCUCUUCUGGUCUAUGACAUCGCCAAGCACCUGACCUAUGAAAGCGUGGAACGUUGGCUGAAGGAGCUGAGAGACCAUGCUGACAGCAACAUCGUUAUUAUGUUGGUUGGCAACAAGAGUGACCUGCGCCACCUCAGGGCUGUGCCCACCGAUGGGGCACGGGCGUUUGCAGAGAAGAACGGUUUGUCUUUCCUGGAGACCUCAGCCCUGGACUCUACUAACGUGGAGACAUCCUUCCAGACCAUUCUGACUGAAAUCUAUCGCAUUGUGUCUCAGAAACAGAUGUCAGACCGGCAAGACAACAACAUGUCGCCUAGCAACAACGUGGUCAACAUCCAGGUGCAGCCGACUGAGAAUAAACCAAAGAUGCAAUGUUGUCAGAGCAUCUAACGGCAUCACCAGUACCACCUGCUUCCCCCUGACCCCCGACCCCAAACCCCCUUCUAAAAAGCCUACUUUGGUCCUGUCUGUCUGAGACACAGCUGCGUGGCCAGGCUCAAGACUGAGACACAGCUGCGUGGCCAGGCUCUAGACCGAGACACAGCUGCAUGGCCAGGCUCUAGACUGAGACACAGCUGCGUGGCCAGGCUCUAGACUGUGACACAGCUGCGUGGCCAGGCUCUAGUCUGUGACACAGCUGCGUGGCCAGGCUCUAGACUGAGACACAGCUGUGUGGCCAGGCUUUAGACUGAGACACAGCUGCGUGGCCAGGCUCUAGACUGAGACACAGCUGCGUGGCCAGGCUCUAGACUGAGACACAGCUGCGUGGCCAGGCUCUAGUCUGUGACACAGCUGCGUGGCCAGGCUCUAGUCUGUGACACAGCUGCGUGGCCAGGCUCUAGACUGUGACACAGCUGCCUGGGCAGGCUCUAGACUGUGACACAGCUGCAUGGCCAGGCUCUAGACUGUGACACAGCUGCGUGGCCAGGCUCUAGACUGUGACACAGCUGCGUGGCCAGGCUCUAGACUGUGACACAGCUGCAUGGCCAGGCUCUAGACUGUGACACAGCUGCUUGGCCAGGCUCUAGACUGAGACACAGCUGCAUGGCCAGGCUCUAGACUGAGACACAGCUGCGUGGCCAGGCUCUAGACUGAGACACAGCUGCAUGGUCAGGCUCUAGACCGAGACACAGCUGCAUGGCCAGGCUCUAGACUGACACACAGCUGCGUGGCCAGGCUCUAGACUGAGAUCCCCAGUCAGGACUAUACAGCUGUGUCUGAGCCCGUUGGUUCCUUAAGGAUCCCCAGUCAGGACUAUACAGCUGUGUCUGAGCUCGUUGGUUCCUUAAGGAUCCCCAGUCAGGACUAUACAGCUGUGUCUGAGCCCGUUGGUUCCUUAAGGAUCCCCAGUCAGGACUAUACAGCUGUGUCUGAGCUCGUUGGUUCCUUAAGGAUCCCCAGUCAGGACUAUACAGCUGUCUGAUCCCGUUGGUUCCUUAAGGAUCCCCAGUCAGGACUAUACAGCUGUGUCUGAGCCCGUUGGUUCCUUAAGGAUCCCCAGUCAGGACUAUACAGCUGUCUGAUCCCGUUGGUUCCUUAAGGAUCCCCAGUCAGGACUAUACAGCUGUGUCUGAUCCUGUUGGUUCCUUAAGGAUCCCUAGUCAGGACUAUACAGCUGUGUCUGAGCCUGUUGGUUCCUUAAGGAUCCCCAGUCAGGACUAUACAGCUGUGUCUGAGCUCGUUGGUUCCUUAAGGAUCCCCAGUCAGGACUAUACAGCUGUGUCUGAGCUCGUUGGUUCCUUAAGGAUCCCCAGUCAGGACUAUACAGCUGUGUCUGAGCCUGUUGGUUCCUUAAGGAUCCCCAGUCAGGACUAUACAGCUGUGUCUGAGCCUGUUGGUUCCUUAAGGAUCCCCAGUCAGGACUAUACAGCUCUGUCUGAGCCUGUUGGUUCCUUAAGGAUCCCCAGUCAGGACUAUACAGCUGUGUCUGAUCCCGUUAGUUCCUUAAGGAUCCCCAGUCAGGACUAUACAGCUGUGUCUGAGCUCGUUGGUUCCUUAAGGAUCCCCAGUCAGGACUAUACAGCUGUCUGAGCCUGUUGGUUCCUUAAGGAUCCCCAGUCAGGACUAUACAGCUGUCUGAGCCUGUUGGUUCCUUAAGGAUCCCCAGUCAGGACUAUACAGCUGUCUGAGCCUGUUGGUUCCUUAAGGAUCCCCAGUCAGGACUACACAGCUUUUUAUUUCUGCCGUAUUUUAUAUUAUUAUAUAUCAAAGAUUUAAUAAUCAGACAAACGCUGGACGAAUCUUCACAGAAAUGUCUUUAAUAUAUGAUUUACUGUUUUUAGAUUUUAGAUUUUUUAUUAAAUCAUUUGAGGUUUGUUUUGUUCACUUGCAAGCUUCAGAUUGACUGCACUGUACUCUCAUUACCCUGGCUGACUUGUGAAUACACAAAUUGCACCCUAUUCCCUAAUGUAGUGCACUACUAUUAACCAGAGGCCUUACUAUCUGAGGAGAAUUGUUGUGGUCACAUCAAUGUUAGGAAGUCAGGGACUCUCUUUCCGUGCCAAUGAUGAAUCUAGUGAAAGCACAAAGAGAGGGAACUCUCAAUAGUAAAACUAAAAUAAAACUCAAACCACUUACUAGAUCCAUCAUGUUGAACUGAGAACCAAGAACUGGUGGUCCUUCUGUAGCUCAGUUGGUAGAGCAUGGCGCUUGUAACGCCAGGGUAGUGGGUUCGAUCCCCGGGACCACCCAUACGUAGAAUGUAUGCACACAUGACUGACUGUAAGUCGCUUUGGAUAAAAGCGUCUGCUAAAUGGCAUAUAUAGUGCACUAUAAAAGGAAUAGCUUAAGGGACCAUUUGGGAGCCUGGUGGUGUGCUGCAUAACUAGAUAAUGUUCUCUCUGUGGUAGUAAUGCUAAUGAUGAUAGGCCAGGGAUCAGUGGUAGUAAUGCUAAUGAUGAUAGGCCAGGGAUCAGUGGUAGUAAUGCUAAUGAUGAUAGGCCAGGGAUCAGUGGUAGUAAUGCUAAUGAUGAUAGGCUAGGGAACAGUGGUAGUAAUGCUAAUGAUGAUAGGCUAGGGAACAGUGGUAGUAAUGCUAAUGAUGAUAGGCUAGGGAACAGUGGUAGUAAUGCUAAUGAUGAUAGGCCAGGGAUCAGUGGUAGUAAUGAUAAUGAUUAUAGGCCAGGGAACAGUGGUAGUAAUGCUAAUGAUGAUAGGCUAGGGAACAGUGGUAGUAAUGCUAUAAUGCUAAUGAUAGGCUAGGGAUCAGUGGUAGUAAUGCUAAUGAUGAUAGGCUAGGGAACAGUGGUAGUAAUGCUAUAAUGCUAAUGAUAGGCUAGGGAUCAGUGGUAGUAAUGCUAAUGAUGAUAGGCCAGGGAACAGUGGUAGUAAUGCUAAUGAUGAUAGGCUAGGGAACAGUGGUAGUAAUGCUAAUGAUGAUAGGCUAGGGAACAGUGGUAGUCAUGCUAAUGAUUAUAGGCUAGGGAUCAUUGGUAGUAAUGAUAAUGAUUAUAGGCUAGGGAUCAGUGGUAGUAAUGAUAAUGAUGAUAGGCUAGGGAACAGUGGUAGUAAUGAUAAUGAUGAUAGGCUAGGGAACAGUGGUAGUAAUGCUAUAAUGCUAAUGAUAGGCUAGGGAACAGUGGUAGUCAUGCUAAUGAUAGGCUAGGGAACAGUGGUAGUAAUGCUAAUGAUGAUAGGCUAGGGAACAGUGGUAGUAAUGCUAAUGAUGAUAGGCCAGGGAUCAGUGGUAGUAAUGCUAAUGAUGAUAGGCUAGGGAUCAGUGGUAGUAAUGCUAAUGAUGAUAGGCUAGGGAUCAGUGGUAGUAAUGCUAAUGAUUAUAGGCUAGGGAACAGUGGUAGUAAUGAUAAUGAUGAUAGGCUAGGGAACAGUGGUAGUAAUGCUAUAAUGCUAAUGAUAGGCUAGGGAACAGUGGUAGUAAUGCUAAUGAUGAUAGGCUAGGGAACAGUGGUAGUAAUGCUAUAAUGCUAAUGAUAGGCUAGGGAACAGUGGUAGUAAUGCUAAUGAUUACAGGCUAGGGAACAGUGGUAGUAAUGCCAUAAUGCUAAUGAUGAUAGGCCAGGGAUCAGUGGUAGUAAUGCUAUAAUGCUGAUAGGCUAGGGAACAGUGGUAGUAAUGCUAAUGGUGAUAGGCUAGGGAACAGUGGUAGUAAUACUAAUGAUGAUAGGCUAGGGAACAGUGGUAGUAAUGCCAUAAUGCUAAUGAUGAUAGGCUAGGGAACAGUGGUAGUAAUGAUAAUGAUGAUAGGCUAGGGAACAGUGGUAGUAAUGCUAAUGAUAGGCUAGGGAACAGUGGUAGUAAUGCUAAUGAUGAUAGGCCAGGGAUCAGUGGUAGUAAUGCUAUAAUGCUAAUGAUAGGCCAGGGAUCAGUGGUAGUAAUACUAAUGAUGAUAGGCUAGGGAUCAGUGGUAGUAAUGCUAAUGAUGAUAGGCUAGGGAUCAGUGGUAGUAAUGCUAUAAUGCUAAUGAUAGGCCAGGGAUCAGUGGUAGUAAUGCUAAUGAUGAUAGGUUAGGGAUCAGUGGUAGUAAUGCUAAUGAUGAUAGGCUAGGGAUCAGUGGUAGUAAUGCUAUAAUGCUAAUGAUAGGUUAGGGAACAGUGGUAGUAAUGCUAAUGAUGAUAGGCUAGGGAUCAGUGGUAGUAAUGCUAUAAUGCUAAUGAUGAUAGGUUAGGGAACAGUGGUAGUAAUGCUAAUGAUGAUAGGUUAGGGAACAGUGGUAGUAAUGCUAAUGAUGAUAGGCUAGGGAACAGUGGUAGUAAUGCUAAUGAUGAUAGGCCAGGGAUCAGUGGUAGUAAUGCUAAUGAUGAUAGGCUAGGGAACAGUGGUAGUAAUGCUAAUGAUGAUAGGUUAGGGAACAGUGGUAGUAAUGCUAAUGAUUAUAGGCUAGAGAACAGUGGUAGUAAUGCUAAUGAUGAUAGGUUAGGGAACAGUGGUAGUAAUGCUAAUGAUUAUAGGCUAGGGAACAGUGGUAUUAAUGCUAAUGAUGAUAGGCUAGGGAACAGUGGUAGUAAUGCUAAUGAUAGGCUAGGGAACAGUGGUAGUAAUGCUAAUGAUGAUAGGCUAGGGAACAGUGGUAGUAAUGCUAAUGAUUAUAGGCUAGGGAUCAGUGGUAGUAAUGCUAUAAUGCUAAUGAUGAUAGGCUAGGGAACAGUGGUAGUAAUGCUAUAAUGCUAAUGAUGAUAGGCUAGGGAACAGUGGUAGUAAUGAUAAUGAUUAUAGGCUAGGGAUCAGUGGUAGUAAUGCUAAUGAUGAUAGGCUAGGGAACAGUGGUAGUAAUGCCAUAAUGCUAAUGAUGAUAGGCUAGGGAACAGUGGUAGUAAUGCUAUAAUGCUAAUGAUGAUAGGCUAGGGAACAGUGGUAGUAAUGCUAUAAUGCUAAUGAUGAUAGGCUAGGGAACAGUGGUAGUAAUGCUAUAAUGCUAAUGAUGAUAGGCUAGGGAUCAGUGGUAGUAAUGCCAUAAUGCUAAUGAUGAUAGGCUAGGGAUCAGUGGUAGUAAUGCUAUAAUGCUAAUGAUGAUAGGCUAGGGAACAGUGGUAGUAAUGCUAAUGAUUAUAGGCUAGGGAUCAGUGGUAGUAAUGCUAUAAUGCUAAUGAUGAUAGGCUAGGGAACAGUGGUAGUAAUGCUAUAAUGCUAAUGAUGAUAGGCUAGUGUUGCAAAAUUCCUGAAACGUUCCCUACAUUUCCAAGGUUUUUUAUUAAUCAUGUUUCAAGGAAUUUCUGAUAUCAGGAAGGAUUAACUAGGGAAGGCAUCCUCCUACUGAGAUUUAUGAGGAAUUUCGGAGUUCUGAAAAGCAUGUAGCUCAAUAACCAGUAUCUGAGCUGUAAAGCACAUUCCGAUGUGUUGCUAGAUUGACCAGGUUGUUGUCAUGGGGAUGGAUGGUGGCAGAACGUCUUGUUGCCACUACUCGUGAUGCUAGCAUGGUCUAGUCUGAGUCCCGAGUCCCAGCUCUGUUUGUGCUGUCUUACCAACUCUAUGUGAUUUAUAGGAGUCGCUAAGACAGCACAAACGGAUGUGGGACCAGGCUAAGCAUGGUUCACCUUGGUGUCAAGGGUCAACUAAUCAAGUCAAGUAAUGGCACAUACAUAACCACUGUCUGGAGAGACCUGCAGAGACCUACAGCUAGACUCCCUAACACAGUGUCUGUUCAGACUGAUUCAUUUAGAGCUAGACUCACUAACACAGUGUCUGUUCAGACUGAUUCAUUAGAGCUAGACUCACUAACACAGUGUCUGUUCAGACUGAUUCAUUAGAGCUAGACUCACUAACACAGUGUCUGUUCAGACUGAUUCAUUAGACCUAGACUCCCUACCUAACACAGUGUCUGUUCAGUGCCUAAUGCCUUGAGUACUGAGUAGUGACUUGUUUCAGUGCCUAAUGCCUUGAGUACUGAGUAGUGACUUGUUUCAGUGCCUAAUGCUUUGAGUACUGAGUAGUGACUUGUUUCAGUGCCUAAUGCUUUGAGUACUGAGUAGUGACUUGUUUCAGUGCCUAAUGCCUUGAGUACUGAGUAGUGACUUGUUUCAAUGACUAAUGCUUUGAGUACUGAGUAGUGACUUGUUUCAGUGCCUAAUGCCUUGUACUGAGUAGUGACUUGUUUCAGUGCCUAAUGCCUUGUACUGAGUAGUGACUUGUUUCAGUGCCUAAUGCCUUGAGUACUGAGUAGUGACUUGUUUCAGUGCCUAAUGCUUUGAGUACUGAGUAGUGACUUGUUUCAGUGCCUAAUGCUUUGAGUACUGAGUAGUGACUUGUUUCAGUGCCUAAUGCUUUGAGUACUGAGUAGUGACUUGUUUCAGUGCCUAAUGCCUUGAGUACUGAGUAGUGACUUGUUUCAGUGCCUAAUGCCUUGAGUACUGAGUAGUGACUUGUUUCAGUGCCUAAUGCCUUGAGUACUGAGUAGUGACUUGUUUCAAUGCCUUUAUUGUAGAAUGACUUGUUGGUUGGUCUGUAGAUAGUUUUCAGAUGCCACCUCCCCUUCUCUCGAAGCCCAGCUCACCUAUCUCUCGGAGUUGGUGGACAGGACAGGUACCUACCCUUAAAAAUGUACUUGUGAUCAGGGUGGUUGGCAGGAAGCCAAGGAGCGCUGCAGUUAACUCCAAGCAACUCGUAUCGAGCAGAUCACACAAUUUACCACGGCCAACAGCAGGCCUGGUCUACAGGGUAAUAGUAGUGUGGGUAAGAGCCACUGUCUGGAGUCAGACCAGAUUAACUUCAUUAAUAACCUACUGUCUGGAGUCAGACCAGAUUAACUUCAUUAAUAACCCACUGUCUGGAGUUAGACCAGAUUAACUUCAUUAAUAACCUACUGUCUGGAGUCAGACCAGAUUAACUUCAUUAAUAACCCACUGUCUGGAGUUAGACCAGAUUAACUUCAUUAAUAACCCACUGUCUGGAGUUAGACCAGAUUAACUUCAUUAAUAACCCACUGUCUGGAGUUAGACCAGAUUAACUUCAUUAAUAACCUACUGUCUGGAGUCAGACCAGAUUAACUUCAUUAAUAACCCACUGUCUGGAGUCAAAUCAGAUUAACUUCAUUAAUAACCUACUGUCUGGAGUCAGAUCAGAUUAACUUCAUUAAUAACCUACUGUCUGGAGUCAGACCAGAUUAACUUCAUUAAUAACCUACUGUCUGGAGUCAGACCAGAUUAACUUCAUUAAUAACCUACUGUCUGGAGUUAGACCAGAUUAACUUCAUUAAUAACCUACUGUCUGGAGUCAGACCAGAUUAACUUCAUUAAUAACCUACUGUCUGGAGUCAGACCAGAUUAACUUCAUUAAUAACCUACUGUCUGGAGUCAGACCAGAUUAACUUCAUUAAUAACCUACUGUCUGGAGUUAGACCAGAUUAACUUCAUUAAUAACCUACUGUCUGGAGUCAGACCAGAUUAACUUCAUUAAUAACCUACUGUCUGGAGUCAGACCAGAUUAACUUCAUUAAUAACCUACUGUCUGGAGUCAGACCAGAUUAACUUCAUUAAUAACCUACUGUCUGGAGUCAGACCAGAUUAACUUCAUUAAUAACCUACUGUCUGGAGUCAGAUCAGAUUAACUUCAUUAAUAACCUACUGUCUGGAGUCAGACCAGAUUAACUUCAUUAAUAACCUACUGUCUGGAGUCAAACCAGAUUAACUUCAUUAAUAACCCAUUUCAAGUAAAAUAGUGUCUGUUUUGCACUGAAUUUAAAACAACCCAUCAAGCAUCAAUGAAGAGCGUUACGAAAUAGUCUGCACUGCUUCCGUGAUAAUGAAUGCUAAAUUAGCAUGCUAUAUUGAUAUGCUAUUGUGGACCACCGUGACUGCUAACAUGAACGACCUGAAUGUUUAUUGCCUCUGUCACCACUACCACCUGGGAUGUGCUCAUUAGGCAGGCACCAAACAGUAGAAAGCUGAUUUAAAACCGGGAGGGGACUACCUGCACUAGUAGUCCAAUAACAAACACUAAAAUGUAUAUUUUCCUGUUGUAAAACAUUUUUACUAGAAUUCAGAACGGCACCAUUUGUCACGAUUGUUGUUGGGAGAAGGAGAAGAGGACCAAAGAGCAGCGUGGUUAUACUGGAUCAAAAACAAGAGACCGACAAACGAACAGUUCUGCAAGGUGCAACAAAAACACUCAAACAGAAAAUUCAAAA